CAAGUUCGUCUCACCUUACGCCGCCACCAUGGGCAAGUCGCUGAACCCGAUGGAGGUGUAUCGCCGCGAGCAGAAGAAGAAGGAGCUCAAGAAGCACAGAGUGGAUAGACAGAAGGAUAAACAGUCCAAGCUCAGCUCCAUGGAUCCGGUGGACAUCCGAGAGCAGCUCAAGAAUCUCGAGCGCCAGGUGGCUGCCAACCCGACGGACGGGCCCACACGCAAGCGCAAGCAGGAGCUAGAGGACACACUGCGGGCUGUGGUCAAAAAGCAGAAAGAAAUGGCAGACGAGGAGCGAAAGAAACAAGCGAACGCACCGCCACCACCGCCAAUGAGUAUGGCCGAGCUAACGCAGGCCAACAAGGAAAAGUUCCAGAGCCCAGAGAACUCCAUCUACUACCAUCCGACUCUAAACCCGUUCGGAGCGCCGCCACCGGGCAAGCCGCAAGUGUACCGCAACAUGCCAUCCGGUACUGUCGUCCAAGCUGCACCGAGGGGUCAGCCAAGACAAGGACAGCCACAGCAACGACAAUAUAGAAACACAAGAGAUAACCGAGGUAGAGGGCCUCCACCCCCGUCAACGCAGCCGCGUGUUAUUACACGACGGCCUGGGAAGCGACCGCCGUUGCCACCUGGUCCCCCACCUCCAGGGACGAUCCAGGUGCCUCCGAGACCUCCUUUACCGAGUGGGGCGCUUCCUAUUCGGCCGCCCCCGCCACCACCUGCACAGGUUGACGUUGCUAAUCGUACUGUACCUCCUCCUCCCUCGCCACAGCCCCGUGGAAUAGCACCGCUGCCUCCUUCACCCUAUCCGACGAUGACGGCGGACGUCACCGAGGUGCAGAAUAGGAAUGUAGCAGCAGUCGACAUGGAUGACAGCGACUGCGUAGCCCCAUACCCGAUGGAAGAUGACAACGUCACUGCUCCGUACCCACCCGUAGGAGACGAAGACAUAGACGAAGAGGCUGCCGAGCGUGAGGCUGAGAGUCAAGCGCAACUUCGGUCGCUCGUACCUGUAGCGCUUCGUGUGCAACGUCAAGUUGCUGUACCUCCGAGCUCCAGCGCUACCAUCGUUGGCAAUCCCUCAAUUGCCCCGCCUCCUAGACGUCCAGUUCCUGCCCCUCCAGCUCCAGCACCUCGACUUUCAGUUGGUAUCACGCCCCCACCGCCUCCUCCUCUACCCAUGGCACCUAAACCGGCAGAAAGUAGCUCCGUGUCGAAAGAAUUCGACACCUUCAUGGAGGAGGUUAAGGGAUUGCUGUGA